CGACUGUUAGAUUCACUCAGCGAAAAACUUUUCCGGCGAAGGUAACACCACGGCGGCGUAUAAACCGGCGGAGCUUGGAGAUGUUUCUAAUUCCAGCUACCUUCUAGCAGAGGCUAUGUCCGAUUUAAGGAGAGCCAAGGAGACAAGUGUAUCUACGAGAAAACUCAUUGCUAGAGAAAUGUCGAAAGAGGUUGAAGAUAGACAGAGUUCUUCUAGUAAUGUGGUUGCUAAAUUAAUGGGUCUAGAGACAGAUGAACCACGGAGCAGAUCCAGAAGCUCUUCACGCUGUUCGUUGAGUUCUGUGGAUAAUCUGCACCAUGGAGAAUUCGAAGAUGGAUAUGAAAUCUGGGAGUCUAUGAACCUUUCAAGAAAAGGAAAGUUUGAUGGAAGCAUGAGUAGUGAUAAACCGUUGGAUCUUGUUCGUCGAAAUUUCAUGGAAGCGAAACGCUUGGUAACCGAUGACAAGCUUCACAGGUCCAAGGAGUUCCAAGAGGCUCUUGAGGUUUUGAGUUCCAACAAAGAUUUAUUCGUUAAGUUUCUCCAGGAAUCAAAUUCUUUGUUUUCUCAGCAUCUUUCUGAAUUCCGGCAUGUUCCUCCUCAUCCAGAGGCUACGCGCAUUACGGUGUUGAGACCUGCAAAGACCGUUGAUGCUCAGAAAUGUGUGGUUCAAGAUAGCAGGAGCAAGCAGAUUAAGAAAUCAGCUUCUUCGAAUCAGGAAACUGGAUGGAUCGAUGCUGCGCAGCCAACUCGAAUAGUUGUCUUGAAGCCUAGUCCAGGGAAGGCUCUAGAUAUAAAGGCUAUUGCUUCUUCAUCACUUCCUUCCUAUUUUGAUGAGUCUGGAGACGCUGAGACUAGACAAGUUGCAAAGGAAAUUACACGUCAAAUACGUGAAACUUUUAGGGGACACUGCAGGAACGAGACUCUUUCUUCUUCUUCUUCUUCUUCUUCUUCUGGUUCUUCUGUCUUGUCCAAGGCUUAUAUCGGUGAUGAUGGUUCGUUAAACAGGUCGAAUAACGAAUAUCCAGUGGGGAACAUUAGCAACUCUGAGACCAUGUCACCAUCCUUUAGGCAUUCAUGGGACUGUGCGAAUAGGAUUGAGAGUCCUUUAGCUUCUUCUUUGUUCAGCCGAGCCUCGUUUUCUCCAGAGUCAUCUGUCUACAGAGAGGCAAAGAAACGGCUUUCUGAGAGAUGGGCAAUGAUGUCACUAAACGGAGACACACAGCAACAAAAAAACUUCCCAAAGGCCUCAACCGCCUUAGGCGAUAUGCUUGCACUCUCAGAAACGAAAGCAAAACAAGAAUCGAGAAGAUCAAUAUCAUGUAUAGGCAGUGGUCUAGAUCAAGUAGAAAGCGCAAGCGAUUCUUUGAAUACCCUUGAAAGGUCAAAAUCAGUCCCUGAGAUUAGACUCAGUGGUGGAACGUCUGUUUCAGGGACUUCAAGAGCACAAGCUCACGGAGAGCUUACCGAGUCAAGAAGCUUGAAAUCAUCAUGGAAAGUUUCAAGCUUUUUCUUCUUCAGAAAUAAGAAAGCACACAAGGAGAAGACAGAUGUUCUGUCUAAAUUGGCUAUGCCCACUGAUGCAUUACAACGACAAAGUAUUUUUACAAGCAAGGGAGAAGUGACUGCACCGAACGAAAACCAAGACCAGCCGAGUCCGGUUUCGGUUUUACAGCAGCCUUUCGAAGAGGAAUAUGUGGGAAGAUCAGAACGUUCGGGGUCAAAAAAGCCAUGGACCAGUCAAGGAGAAGAAAUGUCUCUGAAAUCUAGUCUAAUCGACAAAUCACCUCCAAUCGAAUCAAUCGCUCGGGUUUUCUCAUGGGAAGAUGAGUCAUACAUAACUAAACCCGCAACGGGAAUCAAGGAAGAGGAAGACUGGUAUUACUUGAUCAAAACACUCUUAAAAGCGUCCGGUUUCAGGGGCAGUGAUCCGCUUAUGACUCGGUGGCACUCACCGGAUUGCCCUUUGGACCCAUCAUUAAGAGACACAUUUGCCAACAAAGAACUCGUCAAACGCAGGAAACAGCGGUCAAACCGCAAGCUUGUGUUUGACUGCGUCAAUGCCAUCAUAACAGAGACAACAUCAGCAGCAGCAGGCGCGGAGACCUCGGGAUUUGACAUGCUGGAACAUGUUUGGACAGAGUUAAAGGACUUGGCGGUUCAGGACUCUAACAGCUUGGAAGGAGAAAGUGUGUUGAGGGACGAGGUUGUCGGAAAAAUGUGGAGUCGUAAUUCGCAAGCCGAAGUGAACAACUUGGGGAUUGAAAUUGAAGUGAUGUUGUUGCAAGAGCUUGUUCAAGAGGCAGUCUUCGAUCUUACUCGAUGAAACAAUGUAUAUAAUUUAGUAGUCAACAAGUGUUUUGUUUUCAUGAAACAUAUAUAUAUCAUCAUAGAUGAAAUAGUUUAACCAAGACUAUACAUUUACAUCCUUUUCGGAUGCCCAAUUCAGAUAGUUAAAUUCA